AUGACAGAAACAUUUAAUAUGCCUGUUGAUCCUUUUUUGGUCGUACAACGUACAGGCGUUGCUUGUAUGGGUGAACCACAAUGGACACCAAAUUCAGCAGAUGCAGAGACAACAGAAAUCUUCUACGAUGAUACAUGUGAUGUAGAAGAACCACAAGCAGCAAAUUUAACCGGAUGUCAACAAUGUCAUUGUACAUAUCCAUUACCUAAUGUCUCUUGUGUUGAUGCUUUGAAACAAAGUGUCGGCCAUAUUGAGUUUGAUAUUGUCUUCAAACGAAUACCUGAUGAUCCUGUACUUGCUGAUCAAUGGCGUUUUCCUAAAGAAGGACCUUCGAUUAAUGCUUUUGGAGAAGUGGCAGCUACAAAUUUAUUUGAAUACAAACCAGCAUUAACUAAUAUACGCUUUAUUUAUCUUUAUAUUGAACCAGACGGUUGUGAAAUCGCAGAAAAAUGCGUCACAGGAAGUGGUUGA